AUGGAGCAGAUAAGAAGCAUGUCCAAGGAUCCUACUGACAUCUUGCAAACUAUGAAUUUGGUCGAUUCAAUCCAGCUUCUUGGAUUGGAUUAUCACUUCCAGAAGGAAAUAAGUGAAGCGUUAAACCAUAUCCAUGAUGCCCAUAUUGACGACCAUGCCAAAGAGACCGAGGUUAUGGUCGAGGACGUGGGUGAGGCCGUGGACAUGACAAAAACUCUAAAAGGUCUGAAAUACAAUGCUAUGUUUGUAAAAGGAGCCUCAAAUCACAUGUGUGGCAUCAAAGAGCUAUUUUCAGAAAUAGAUACAGGUUAUUCUGGGAACAUUACAUUUGGUGAUUUGUCUCAAAGACCAGUAAGAGGCAAAGAAUAUGACUUUGUUUUUUUCUCAAAACAGAAAAUCUUAUGUAUUUCUGUAGUUGUCUUUAACAAGUUCAAAGAAGAGGGAGGGAGUUUCAUGUCUACCUUGGGGAGUGAUGUGAAAGGACUGUUAAGCUUGUACAACGCAGCCUAUCUUGGGACGCAUGGGGAGAUCAUUCUUGAUGAAGCCAUCUCUUUUACGAGGAAUAGCCUAGUGUCUGCAUUAGCUGAUCUUAAACCACCGUUAACAACGCAAGUGUCUCUUGACCUCGAGACACCUCUCUGUAGGAGAUUUAGAAGGCUCUUGGCAAGAGAAUACAUAUCUAUAUACCAAGAGGAUGCCACACGAGAUGAUGCCAUCCUGGAGCUUGCAAAGUUGGACUUCAAUUUGUUGCAAUCUCUUCAUCGCGAGGAGCUUGAGAACAUCACCAAGUGGUGGAAUGAUUUAGCCCCCUCAAAACAUCUCAGUUUUGCUCGAGAUAGAUUGGUGGAAUGCUAUUUCUGGAUCCUGGAGGUAUACUUUGAACCCUACUAUUCUCGUGCACGAGUGAUAACAACCAAGGUGGCUGCCCUUACUUCAAUUCUGGAUGACAUGUAUGAUGUCUAUAGCACAUUGGAGGAGAGUCAACGACUAACUGAGGCAAUUCAAAGGUGGAAUGCGAAGGUUGUUCAUCAAUUACCAGGAUACAUGAAGGAUUAUUAUCUAAAGCUAAUCCACACCUUUGAAGAGUUUGAAGAUUUAUUGGCUUCCGAUGAGAAAUAUCGCAUAACCUAUCUGAAGCGGUGA